CAGCCUAAUACCCCAUGUCCAGUCCUAUACUUCAUGUCAAGCUUGAUACCCCAGGUUGAGCCCUAUACCCAAAGUUAAACUCUAUACCCCAGCCCCAUACUCCAGUCCUACAUGCCAAGUCAUUUAUUCCACUCCUUGACUUCAGCCUCAAGGACGAUGUGCCUUGUGGAGGAAGCAGCAGAUGCACCUGUGAGGACUAAGCCUUUAAUUCUGCCAGCGCUGUGAGACAGUCUGAUAAUACAGAUUAGUGAAAACAUUCAGGCCACUCAGCCCUGAGUUCAUCCAUAGUGAUUCACAGGACUAUUCAGGAAUCUCUCAUCUAUGUUCAGCAGUCAUUAAAUAGCAGAGGCUUUGGAAAACAUUGUUCAUCAGUGGUUUGUUAACUAGCAGUUUGUAUAGUUAUAUAUUGCAUGGGUCCUUGUUUGGACUGAAGCUGUCAGGGAAUCCAGUUGACUUUUAAUAUUACAUCUCACCGCAAGGAGUUUCAACAGAACCUUUAACAUGCCCCCCAAGAAAAAGACCCAGAGGGACUUAGAUGGCCAUGAGGAAAGGAAUGCUCAGGUUCAGUUGGAUAAAGCUAAGUACAAGCCUGUGGCAUUUGCAGUGCGCUGUAAUUUCUCCUACACACCAGCAGACGACGACAACAUCCCAGUACCAGGCCAAGCUGUCACCUUUGAGGCCAGAGAGUUUCUACACGUUAAAGAGAAAUUUAAUAAUGAUUGGUGGCUGGGCCGCCCAGUGAAAGAGGAUGGUGUUGUGGGGUUCAUACCCAGCCCAACCAACCUGGAGAGCAUCCUGAUCAGAAGAGAGGUCCAGGCUAGGAAAGCCGCCAAGGCAUUGGCCAGUAAAGCUUCAGUUUCCCAGGACAUGAAUAAAAAGUAUACUCCUCCUUCCACAGUUGCACAAGCUAACAAGAAGUCGGGGGAGCAGGUGGCAGCCUACGACGUGGUCCCCACCAUGCGUCCGGUGGUGUUGAUGGGGCCUUCACUGAAGGGCUUAGAAGUAACUGACAUGAUGCAGAAAGCACUUUUUGACUUUUUAAAACAUCGAUUUGAAGGAAGAAUUACUAUAACUCGAGUGACUGCAGACAUCGCUCUAGCAAAACGAUCAAUACUCAACAACCCCAACAAAAAAGCCCUGAUGGACCGUUCAAAUACACGCUCUAACCUAGAUACUGCUGCCCAGAUUCAAGGGGAGGUGGAGCGGAUCUUCGAGCUGGCACGGAGUCUGCAGCUAGUGGUGCUGGAUGCUGACACAGUAAACCACCCCAUACAGCUAUCCAAGACCUCUCUGGCCCCCAUCCUGGUCUACAUCAAAGUGUCCUCGCCCAAAGUUUUAUCAAGACUGAUCAAAACCAGGGGGAAGUCUCAAACCAAACAUCUCAAUGUCCAGAUGGUAGCAGCAGACAAAUUGGCCCAGUGUCCCACAGAGAUGUAUGAUGUCAUCCUGGAUGAGAAUCAGCUGAGCGAUGCCUGUGAACACAUUGCAGACUAUCUAGAGGCCUAUUGGAGGGCCACUCACCCCCCAGAAACAGAACCUGUCAACCCCUUGGUGGAGAAGCUGGCAGAGAAUACUCUGCCUUCAAGCCCUUCUCCACAGAAUUGAGAUACCUGGACUUAUCAAGAGCCCCUAGAGACUAUCAAAGGUUCCACUGAAGAGAGACUAUCCCAAGUCUCCAGUGAAGGGAUAUUGUAAACAGCCCCAAGAGGGGAGAGUCUAUCAAAAGCCCCACUGAAAUGAGAGACUAUCAACCUCCCCCACUGAAGAGAGACUAUCCCUAGCCCCCAGUGGAGAGAUACUGUCAACAGCCCUAAGUGGAGAGUGACUAUCCCCAGCCCCCACUGAAGAGAGACUAUCCCUAGCCCCCAGUGAAGAGAUACUGUCAACAGGCCCAAGUAGAGAGAUAGUAUCAACCUCCCCCACUGAAGAGAGACUUUCCCUUGCCCCCUGUGAAGAGAUACUGUCAAGAGCCCCCACUGUAGAGAGACUAUCCCCAGCUCCCACUGAAGAGAGACUAUCCCAAGCCCCCAGUGAAGAAGCGAUGAGAUCCCCAGCCCACCGAACUGCAACCCCUCCCCACCCCCACUACAUGUCGAUAUCC